CCGAGGCCCGGGUCGAGGGCGCGGCGGGGCUGCGCGCACGCUGGGGCGCGUGGAGGGGCGCGGAGGGAGAGAUGAGUCUGGUGGGGGGCUUCCCCCACCACCCGGUGGUGCACCAUGAGGGCUACCCGUUUGCCGCCGCCGCCGCCGCAGCUGCCGCCGCCGCCGCCAGCCGCUGCAGCCACGAGGAGAACCCCUACUUCCACGGCUGGCUCAUCGGCCACCCCGAGAUGUCGCCCCCCGACUACAGCAUGGCCCUGUCCUACAGUCCGGAGUAUGCCAGCGGCGCCGCCGGCCUGGACCACUCCCAUUACGGGGGGGUGCCGCCGGGCGCCGGGCCCCCGGGCCUGGGGGGGCCGCGCCCGGUGAAGCGCCGGGGUACCGCCAACCGCAAGGAGCGGCGCAGGACUCAGAGCAUCAACAGCGCCUUCGCCGAACUGCGCGAGUGCAUCCCCAACGUGCCCGCCGACACCAAGCUCUCCAAGAUCAAGACGCUGCGCUUGGCCACCAGCUAUAUCGCCUACCUCAUGGACCUGCUGGCCAAGGACGACCAGAACGGCGAGGCGGAGGCCUUCAAGGCGGAGAUCAAGAAGACAGACGUGAAAGAGGAGAAGAGGAAGAAGGAGCUGAAUGAAAUCUUGAAAAGCACAGUGAGCAGCAACGACAAGAAAACCAAAGGCCGGACAGGCUGGCCGCAGCACGUCUGGGCCCUGGAGCUCAAGCAGUGAGGAAGAAGAGGUGGAGGACAGAGCGAGCGAGCUGGGGGCCAGGGCGCCAGACACACACCCAGGACUCCAGGCAAGCCCUUGGCACUCAGCUCUGAGGACUUCUUGCAUUUGGAAUCAUCCGGUUUAUUUAUGUGCAAUUUCCUUCCCCCUCUUUUUGUCCCCCUUUGAAGCAUCUGCUCCCCGCUUCCCUCUCCAAAAAAAAAAAAAAUGGAUAUUUGAAGAAAAGCAUUCCAUAUUUUAACAGGAAGAGGACGCGCGCGUGGUAAGGGAUCCCAUCGUCCCGUAGGUUCUCUGUGUGUGAAUGUUUCCUCUUGGCUGUGUAGACACCAGCGUUACCCCAUUCCCAGCCACCUAAUCCCUUCCAGAUAAAGACAGCGAACACUAGUGUGUACGUGAAGUGUAUGUUUAAUACUUGGCCUUUGGAUAUAAAUAUUCCUGGGGAUUAUAAAGUUUUAUUUCAAAGCAGAAAACAGGGCCGCUAACAUUUCCAUUGGGGUCAGUAUCUAGUGCUGUCCUUUCAUCUGUGGUUGUCCCUUAUUCGAAGAUGUUUCCAACAGCUGCUUGUUUCGUGCACUUCCGUCCUCUAAAACUAAGUGGAAUUUAAUUAAUAUUGAAGGUGUAAACGUUGUAAGUAUUCAAUAAACCACUGUGUGUGUUUUUUUUU